AUGGAGAAGCACGUCGAAGAUUUAUCUGGCAGAGACCAGCUACCUCUCACAACUGGCCCGAGUAUCCCUCCGCGCCGCCGGAAUUUCCCCCGCCUCGCCGGCUUCCUCGGUAUCGUCGCCUGCCUCUGGUUGACUUUCCACUGGCUUCCUAUCGCGCUUCCGAAUUUUAAGAUAUCCCUGUGUCACAAUCAUGCUCGAACGGCAGAAGACGGCUUCCCGUUCGAAGACCAAGAUCCGCUCACAGACUCGGCGACUGCGGAUCCACAACGUAUUCCACUUGAGGCGCACAUCAUGAGCAAAUGUCCAGAUGCGCGGGACUGCCUACGGGAGCUUGUUGUGCCGACAAUGGAGAGGGCCAACGACAAAAUCGACUUUGAGCUUUCAUUUAUCGCAAACGCCUCAAAUCGGUCUUCCGAUGUAGUGUGCAUGCACGGCCCCGGAGAAUGCAUCGGAAACAUGCUCAUGCUCUGCGCCGCGAACCUUCCCUUCCCACCAGAUGACAGCUCUACACAAGCGACGACGCCCACGGUUCGAUACCUCGGGUUCGCGACUUGCCUGAUUAGCUCAUACGAAGAGAUCCCAGACAGGCAGAUUGUUGAACAAUGUGCUCUGGAGCAUGGUAUCGACUUUGAGGCUUUGAACCAAUGUGUUAGCCAGCAGGACGACAAUCCCAAUGUGGGUCACCAGGAAGAUGCUCCGCUGAGCGGUAUUGCUCUUCUGCGGGAGAGUGCUCAUCACAGUGCGGAGCUUGAAGUGACGACGAGCUGUACUGUUCGGGUCGAUGACACCGUCUGGUGUAUCCGGGAUGGCGGAGCCUGGAAAGAUUGCGCGAAGGAUGGCGAAGGUAGUCAGGUGUCGGUUCUUGUUGACGAGAUUGAAAGGCUCUACGGGCAGCGGAAUUGA